CCCCGGCGGUUGGUCGAACCCUGAGGCGCGGCGGCGGUGCGGGCUCCGGUCGCCCCUUCAUCCACUGCCCGGCGGCGCCAUGUCGGACUGGGUGUCCUACUACCGGAGCGAGGAGCCGGAGGAGGGAGAGGAGAACGAGGUGCAGGAGGACGGGGCUGAGGCGGUCGCGGACUACAAGUUCUCGGGUCGGGACAGCCUCAUUUUCUUGGUCGAUGCCUCCAAGGACAUGUUUGAGUGCGACGGGGAUGAGGUGACUCCCUUCGACAUGACCAUCCAGUGCAUCCGGAAUGUGUAUACCAGCAAAAUAAUCAGUAGUGACAUGGACCUGCUAAGUGUUGUGUUCUAUGGUACAGAAAAGGACAAGAACUCAGCAGAUUUCAAGCACAUCUAUGUUCUUCAGGAGCUGGACAAUCCAGGUGCAAAGCGUGUUCUAGAGCUGGACCAAUACAGAGGAGAUGAAGGGCGAGCACUUUUCCGUGAGACCUUUGGCCACAGUGCUGACUAUUCCCUGGGUGAAGCACUCUGGGCCUGCUCUAAUCUCUUCAGUGAUGUCCGAGUCAGGCUGAGCCACAAAAGGAUCAUGCUCUUCACCAACAAGGAUGACCCUCAUGCCAAUGACUCUGCUAAAGCUAAGCUGGCCAGGACCAGAGCUGGUGAUCUGAGAGACACAGGGAUCAUCUUGGACUUGAUGCACUUGAAGAAGUCUGGAGGGUUUGAUAUCUCUCUGUUCUACAGGGAUAUCAUAAACAUAGCAGAGGAUGAGGACAUUGGGAUCCAGCCUGAGGAGUCAGGGAAACUGGAACAUCUCAUGAAGAAAGUACGAGCAAAGGAGACAAAGAAGAGGACAUUGGUCAGGUUAAACCUGUAUCUGAGCAAAGAUUUGUCACUUUCUGUUGGCGUUUACAACCUUGUUCGAAAAGCUUACAAGCCCUAUCCUGUAAAGCUGUAUCGGGAAACUAAUGAGCUGGUUAAAACAAAAACAAGGAUGUUCAAUGGAAAAACAGGCAGCUUGCUCCUGCCUAGUGACACAAAAAGGGCUCAGACAUAUGGAAACCGCCAGAUUGUGCUGGAGAAGGAGGAAACAGAAGAAAUAAAACAAUUUGACUCUCCGGGCUUGUUCUUGAUUGGCUUCAAACCACUUUCAAUGCUAAAACAUCACCACCAUAUCAAGCCCUCCCAGUUCAUCUAUCCUGAGGAAUCCAUAGUAAGUGGGAGUACAACUCUCUUUAAUGCCUUACUGAUGAAAUGCUUAGAGAAGGAGGUAAUGGCACUGUGCAGAUACACCGCCCGCCGCAACGCUCCCCCAUACUUCGUGGCCCUGGUUCCCCAGGAGGAAGAGGUGGAUGAGGAGAAAAUGCAGAUAGCCCCUCCAGGUUUCCACAUCAUUUUUCUACCAUAUGCAGAUGACAAACGGAACAUUGAUUUUACAGAAAAGGUACCAGCCAGUCGAGAGCAAGUGAACAAAAUGAAGGAAAUAAUUAAAAAACUCCAAUUCAAAUACAGGCCUGACAGCUUUGAGAACCCAGUCUUGCAGCAGCACUUCAGGAAUCUAGAGGCUUUGGCACUGGAUAUGUUGGAACCAGAACAAGCUGAGGAUCUUACAAUGCCUAAGGCUGAAGAGAUGAACCGCAGGCUGGGCAGCCUGGUGGAGGAGUUUAAGGAGCUGGUUUAUCCUCCUGACUACAAUCCUGAUGGGAUUUUCGCUGUAAAGCGAAAACAAGAUUCUGAUGGUCAAAGUGAGAAGAAGCCCAAGAUAGAAAUCUCAAAAGAUGAGCUGCAGAGUCAUGUGCUGAAUGGUACUCUAGGCAAGCUCACUGUCCCUGUUCUGAAGGACGCAUGCAAGCUUUAUGGUUUGAAGAGUGGGGGGAAGAAGCAGGAGCUGAUGGAUGCCCUUACUGAAUACUUCAGUGAACACUAGGCAGGAGCAAAAGGCUCUGGUUGACUUCCAUCUCUGUGAAGUUUUUGUUGUUUCAUGCCUGUGCUGUGUCUGUCAAUCUUGCAGUGGAGGAGAAGGCAACAAAAUGAUGCUGAAUCCAUCAGUGAAGAAACUUUUUAUUCUUAGUUGUGUAAUCUCUGUAAAGUUGGAUUCUCUUCACUAUAGCCAAAGGCAGAACUAAAUUCCCUGCUAACUCAGGUCACACACUGGAAGUAAACACAGUUGUGCCUUCCUGGUUUCUUAAUAAAAGUUACUUUGGACUUUACAACAUGGGCUGUACCAUCUUUGCAUCAUGAAGACAGCAAAACCCACUUCAGUGUGAGUGAGAAAACAAUGAUCUGUGUUAGUAGUAAUAAAUUAAAGCAGCAUGUCAAGUCUGCGUGCUUGCAGGGGGUCUAAAUGUGGCGUAUGGCUCUCCUACUCCAAAAUUCAGUCAGUAUCAGUGCUUGUAAUCAAGCAGGAUUCUUUUUCACCACCAGAAUUAUGAAGAUUAGUACUAGAUCAAAAAGAAAAAAAUCAUUACUGAGAAGCAGUAGCCAGUCCUUUUGACAACAAGCCCAAAAAGCUGCACAUCUAGGUCUUAAUUUUUUAAAUGAUAAUAUACAAUUUGGGGGUUUUGGUUUGUUUUGGGGGAGGCGAAGGGGAGCUGGUUUGUUUGUUUAAAAAAAAUAAAAAAUUCAUGCUACCUGGAAGGCAGCAAGCAUUGUCCUGAGGUAAAUUACUGAGUUGGCAUUGAGGUUUUCUACCUCUGUGGCAAGGAUAAGUAUGAGACAGACUUGUGCAGGCUUCUGUACUCAAAUCUGUGCUUUAAAAAAACCCCAGCAAGUUGUAGAAAGCACCCCUUGUUGCUUACAGGUUUUGGGGCUGUGUUUUGUUUUUAAACUAUUAGGCCAGGCAUGCUGCACUUGCCUUGCAGUGCAAGACAAGGGUUCCUGGUUUUGGCACAGAAACUAUUGGGCAACUUUCUGAAGAACCAUUUGGUACAUGAAGGGUGUGCCCAUGCUGUAGUGUAGCACGGGUAUCAGAGCCAGCUGUGAAUUGGCACUGUGACCACCAUACCUGUGCCAGGACCUCCACAGCUCUGCAGUACUGAAGCUGCAUUGUCUAUAAUUUUUUCAAUCAGCAUUAAAAAGAUUUAUCUAAGCAAUCAAUUUAUUUUGCCCCUUGUCAAAGAAGUUACUGUAAAAACUUAGCAAGAUUUUUAUUGAACACAAUAAAAUUUUGAAACUA